AUGCAGGUCAAACACUCCGUUUCUGCUCCACUCCGAGCCAUCGAGUUCAUUGGCAACCCACUGACGGACGACAUGCUUGAUAGUCUUUAUCAUACACUCACCGACCAUGAGACGCUUUCAUCAUUGCAGACCGUUGAUUUAAUGGAUAACAACCUUGGUGAGAGUCGAGCUCGCCGUCUCAUUUCUAAUCUAGAAGUUUCAAAGGCUAAGGAAAUUCGACUGCGGUUCAACAACAUUGGUAAGGAUGGUUGCGAUGGGCUAGCGAGCGUUGUCAAUAUUUCGCCUUGCAUUAGAAUGCUUGACGUUCGCGGGAACGAGUUGGUUGCUGCAGAUGUGCGCAAACUUUUCAAAGCGAUUGGCGCCUCUACCACGGUCACCCACCUUAAUGUUUGUAGGAACAAAUUGAGUGAGGAGGGUGCUGAGAUGGCGGCACGUUUCCUGGAGAAGAACACAUACCUCCAAUUUCUAGAUUUCUCUGCAAACGACCUCGGAUCUAGCGGUGCCGAACACAUCGCGACGCUGCUCUCUAACCCAACCUCAACGCUCCGGGUGGUACUUUUAUACGGAAACUGCCUUGGCGAGGUUGGGAUGCAGCGUGUGUGUGCUGCGAUGCAAACAAAUAAAGAGGUCGUCCAGUUGAACUUGGGAUGCAAUAACGCGACCGAUGCGGCAGCUGGAAGCAUCGCCGAUAUGUUAGCGCGCAAUGAGACCCUUUUGGAUUUAGAUAUUUGCCUGAAUACUAUCACCGAUGUGGGUAUUCAGAGGAUCGCGGCCGAUGGGUUGGCCAACAACUACUUUCUACAGUCUCUCUGCCUUUCUGGGAACCCUUUAGGCUCGUCCGGAGCGAACAUGUUGGUGAAGGCGCUCUUGUCAAACACUCGCAGCGCUUUGGAGCGGCUCAACCUUAGCUCCUGCUCGUUAGGGCCCACUGGUGGGAUUCAUCUCGCCAGUUUCCUCUGCCGUUCCCAGACGCUGAAGGACCUUAACCUUGCGGACAAUCAACUGAACGACGAAAGCGCGUCCGCCAUUGCACAGGCCACUUCCAAUAGCAUCUCAAUAUCUGCCGUUGAUGUGUCUAUGAAUCCCUUUGGUGAACCUGCAGCUGUAUGUUUUUUGGAGGCGGUCCAGCUCAAUCCUCACUUGUCGAGUGUGAUUUUGGACGGCAACCGGGCGAGCCGGGCGACUCAACAUAAGUGGAGGGCCACCAUUGAGGAAUGGUUAGGAAAAAACCGGUCUGAAAACAAAGACAAUUUUUCAUGUGCAAAUGGUCUUUACGAGGUUUCAAGGAGCCUCUGA